AUGAUAAGGAAGAAAGAAAAGAAAGUCAAGGUUAAAGUCCUUGCCCAGGAAGAAGAGCCGGCGGAGGAAUGUAGUUACCGGGGGCAGCGAUAUGCAAUUCCCAAUGCACCCCCGCUAGCAGUGGCUCAAGGCGCCCAAGGGCCCGUGGACCAGGGACGGACAUUACCAUUGCCGGUAAUUCCCAAUGCGCCCCCACUAGUAGCGGUUCAAGGCGCCCAGAGACCAGUUGACCAGGAACGGACAUUACCACCGCCUCCGUCAUAUGAUAGCCCAGUGUCCAUAGUUCUCCAGCCUCCAUACAGUGAAACCAAUCCCUUCCGAAACCUUCGGGAUGAAUUAAGGGUUGCGGACACCACCACACAAACGGUGCGACGUCCCGCCCGAGAACCUAGUGAUGCAAGCCCAGCCGUUACUAGAAGCAGGCAAGCUGAGCUCUCCCCUGUGGAAGGUCCGGCAGAUAGUACAACGGCAAGGGAAUUUCCAAUAAGGGAAGUUAGUGUAUUGGAUCAAAAUGACCAGCCCUAUCAAUUAUAUCAGGUGGUCCCAUUUACCAGCAGUGACCUGCUGAAUUGGAAAAGUUCUACGCCUCCCUACUCCGAGCAACCUCAAGCAAUGGCGACUUUAUUAGAAACUAUUAUAGCUACCCAUAAUCCAACGUGGCGAGAUUGCCAACAGCUCCUCCAGGUCUUGUUUACCACAGAGGAGAGAAGGCAGGUGAUCAACCAGGCUACGUUACUGGCGCAGAAUCAGCCGCCAGCGGGUCAGGAUGCGGUUGCUUGGGGGGCGCAGCGCUUCCCAGUUGGAGGAGAUCUGGGCUGGAAGGCCAACAUUGAAAACGAUAGGACGACCCUGAAGACCUAUCAGGGGAUCCUGAUAGAUGCCGUUAAAAAGGGACCACCGAGGCCAGCUAACAUCCAAAGGAUCCAAGGGGUGAGGCAGGAGAAGAGUGAAUCUCCCUCAGCAUUUCUGGAGAGGCUGGAAGAGGCAUACAGGAAAUACAGCCCAUAUAAUUUAGAAGAUGAAAAUGGGAGAAGGGCACUGCAGCAGUCUUUCAUCAGCCAGGCAGCAGAUGACAUCCGAAGAAAAAUUCAAAAGCAACCGGGAUUCAUAGGGAAAAGUAUGAAUGAACUCCUAGCCAUAGCAGAUCAGGUAUAUAUGGCCAGAGAUCAGAAAGAGGAAGAGAAGAAGAAGAAAGAUCGUAAGGAAGGAUAUAAAGUAUUGUUGACCAUGAUGGAUGGACAGACGGAAGGAUCAAGAGGCAGAGGAAGGGGAAAAGGAGGAGAGCGAAAGAAGUUAGGAUGGAAUCAAUGCGCCAAAUGCAAGAAGUAUGGGCACUGGAAGGGGGAAUGUACAGAGAAGGUGUCAGGAGAAGAAGGAGGCGAAGGACGAGGCAGAGGAAGAGGUAGAGGACGUGGAAGAGGCCGUGGAGGCUAUACCCCGCACCAGAAGAGGGAAGCAGUAGUGGCUGCAAUAGCUCUCGUUUUGCUGGACCCCAGGGAGCCGAUGGUCACUAUAGAAGUAGGGGACCAGCAAGUUGACUUUUUAGUGGACACUGGGGCAGAACGAUCAGUGGUGAACAAACUUAUUGGUCCUACCAGCGCAGAAGUCACCAAAGUGGUGGGGCUGUCAGGAAAAAUUCAGAAAUGCCCUUUUCUACAGGAACGGACAUGUAAUCUAGCAGGCCAUAAUGUGAGUCAUAAGUUACUGUAUCACCCUGAUUGCCCAGUGUCAUUAUUAGGAAGAGACAUUUUGUCGAAAUUAAGAGCACAAAUCCAAUUUUUGGACGAUGGCCAAAUGGAAUUGACAAUACCCAUGGAAGAGGAAUGGAGGAUGUACUUGGUACAACAGGAGAAGUCUGCCCCGCGGCCAGAAGUUGAAUGGCCCUGGGAGCGGACUCCUUUGGUGUGGGCAGAAGACAAUCCUCCAGGACUGGCUAAAUAUGUGCCCCCAGUGGUAGUAGAGGUGAAGAAAGGAGCAGUCCCAGUCAAAAGACCACAGUACCCAGUGAGUCGGGAAGCCUCUGCAGGGAUACAAGUUCACAUUGACAGGUUGUUAGAACACGGAAUUAUUGUGCCCUGUAGUUCACCAUGGAACACACCUCUGUUACCGAUAAAGAAGCCAGGAACUAAGAAUGAGUACCGCCCGGUGCAGGACCUUAGGGCAGUCAACCAAGCCACAGUGCUCCUCACCCCAGUAGUACCAAAUCCCUACAUUAUGAUGAGCCUAAUCCCUUCGUGGACGGCAUGGUUUACAGUUUUGGACUUGAAAGAUGCGUUCUUUUGUAUCAGGCUAGCUCCAGUUUCCCAACCCAUCUUUGCCUUCCAAUGGGACACCCAGCAAGCGGGCCAAAAGACUCAGUUUAUGUGGAAACGCCUUCCUCAGGGCUGGCAAAAUAGCCCGACCAUUUUCGGCCAGGCGCUCGCCAAGGACUUAGAGGAGUUCAAGAUCCCUGAAUCUGAAGGAAUCUGGCUCCAAUAUGUAGAUGAUUUACUGAUAGCUUGCAGGACGCAAGAGGGAUGCAGGCAUUACACCUUACAGAUGUUGGAAACACUGGAGGAAAAAGGCUACAAGGUAUCAAAGAAAAAGGCCCAGCUGUGUCAAAAGACAGUAAAGUACCUGGGAUUUGAAAUAACUGAAGGACAUAGGUCUUUGGGAACAGAAAGAAAGGAAGUAAUUUUUGCAAUUCCUACACCGUCCACUAGGAGACAGGUGAGGGAGUUUUUGGGCGCAACAGGAUACUGUAGGCAUUGGAUUCCUGGGUACGCUACGUUGGCUAAACCUCUGUACCGAGCUACCCGAGGAAAUAGAGAAGACCCUUUUGAAUGGACAGAAGAGUGCCAGGGGGCUUUUGAGGCCCUAAAAGAAGCCUUGAUGUCAUCUCCGGCGCUCGGGCUCCCAGACUUGGAGAAACCGUUCGACUUGUUCGUGUCUGAGAAGGAAGGAGUGGCUGUAGGGAUACUUACCCAGACAUUAAGAUCAUGGCAGAGACCAGUGGCUUAUCUGUCAAAACAGUUAGACACGGUAGCACAGGGAAUGCCGCCCUGUCUUCGUGCAGUGGCAGCAGCAGUAGAUUUGAUAAAAGAAGCAAGUAAAUUGACCUUAGGACAGCCACUGGCCGUCAAGGUACCACACCAUGUGAAGGCACUGUUAGACACCAAGGGACCACGCUGGCUCACAAAUGAGAGACUGACAAAAUAUGAGAGGGUGUUGUGUGAUAACCCAAUGGUGACCCUAGAAACUUGUGCCACCUUAAAUCCGGCCACCUUGUUGCCUGCCCCAGGAGAGGAAACAGUCCACCAGUGCAUUCAGGUGAUGGAACAGGUAUAUUCCAGCCGACCUGACUUAAAGGACGUACCAAUGUCCAAGGCAGACAUGACCCUGUUCACGGAUGGCAGUAGCUUCAUGGAGAACGGUGAGAGGCGUGCAGGAUAUGCGGUGGUACAGGGGGGGGGGGAGAGAUUCUGGGCAGAGUCGCUCCCUCCGGGAACCUCCGCUCAACGGGCUGAAUUGAUAGCCCUCACCAGAGCACUGCAGUUGGCAAAGGGAAAACGGGUCAAUGUCUACACGGACUCAAAGUACGCCUUUACUACGCUCCAUGCCCAUGGAGCCUUGUACAAGGAGCGGGGACUCCUUACGUCGGCUGGAAAGGGCGUUAAAAAUGCGGCUGAGAUUGUGGCCCUCCUGGAGGCGGUCUGGGACCCGGAUAAAGUGGCUGUAAUGCAUUGCAAAGGACACCAAAGGGGAGAAGACCCAGUGACUCAAGGUAAUAGGCUAGCUGAUUUGGCCGCAAGAGAGGCAGCUAAGCACCCCCACAAUAAACAGCACAUGAUGGCUGUGACAGUAAUAGAAGAUCCCCCAUUAGAAAAAUUUACAUACACAAAAGAGGAGGAGAAUUGGGCUUUGGGGGAAAAAGGAAAAUGGAAGGGAGAGGUCAUUGUGAUGCCAGAUAACCGCGUUUAUGUCCCUAAGGAUAUGGCGUGGCACAUAGUCCGACAUAUGCACUCCAACACACACCUGGGUAAGACAGCCCUAGCUAAGCUGCUGGAACGGCAAAUGUACAUUGAUGGACUCCAUAGCCUGACAGCAGCAGCAGCACGCAGAUGCUGGACAUGCGCCAAGAAUAAUCCUCGAGAGGGACCCUUAAAGCCACCAGGAAUUCAACACAUAGGCAACGUCCCAUUCGAGGCAAUUUUGACUGAUUUUACUGAGAUGCCCCCGCAGAAGGGCUACAAAUAUUUGCUUGUUUUCGUGGACACCUACACCGGGUGGGUAGAGGCAUACCCAACCCGAACUGAAAAGGCAGUAGAAGUUUCAAGAGCACUUUUGAAGGACAUAAUCCCCAGAUUUGGAAUACCAUUAGAAAUAGGGUCUGACAACGGUCCAGCUUAUGUCCACAAGGUGAUUCAAGGACUAUGUCAAAUAUUGGGCACUAAAUGGAAAUUGCAUUGCGCUUAUAGGCCCCAGUCCUCAGCUAAAGUUGAGAGAAUGAAUCGGACUCUAAAGACUGCUAUCGCCAGUCAGGUGCACCGCAGCGAACGGGAAGAGGCAGAAGCAGACGCCCCAGCAGCAGCAGCCCCUCGGCCUGCCUCCUUGGCUCGGUGUCCCUGA